AUGGAGUUGCAGCCCUCUACCCGAAAGAAGACGCUCACAACCGUCAUCCGCAGAAGUACCAAAGAGUCUUCUGACACGAAGGAACAGGCUUUGUUGGAUGGUUUGCGCCUCCGCGCAGACGCCUGCGCUGAAGGUUUGGCCUCUGAAGUUCGAAUCCGAGAGGAAGCCACUCAGCGGCUGGAGGGCCUUCUGCAGCAGACCCGGCGCGAGCUUGAGGCCAAGGUCGAGGCUGUGAGAGGCGUUUUGGAGAAACAGCUCAGUGGAGUGCUCGCAUCUGUCCGUGGAGAAGCCGGCCGCUGCGACAAAGAUCUUCAGAUGGAGCUCCAGAAACGACAGGACGCAGAGACUUCGCUUCGCGAUCUUCAGUGUGAGAUGGUCGAGAUGCGCUCCAAGCUGCUCCGAAAGGUCAAGUUUGGUGGUGAGUAUCAAGUAGAAUUCAUGGACCUGCUGGAAGACUAUGGCGAACCCUCCGGUGCUGCUCCCUCCGCGUUGAAGGCAAGGGGCUGCGGCGUAAAUCUCAAAGACAGCACAUGGGGAUAUCUCGUGGAGGCUGUGGACGGGCUACCGCCACAGGAUGAAACGCUUACAGCUGGAGCCAUCAUUGUGGCGAUUUCGGGCGUACAGCUGUUUGGCCUCUCUGAUGAUGCUUUGGAGGAUGCCUUCGGCUCCCACUUCCAAGACGGGGCAAAGCUGCUCUUGCUGGAUUCGGAGGAGCUACGCAGAGCCACCGUGGAGAGAGACUCGCAAGGUGAGUGCCCGUGCAAUGAAGCAGACGAGGAUGUUGAAGAGGAUGUCCGCCAAGCGGAGCAGGAGCCGGAGGUCCUGGAACAUGGCAGCGUCAUGAACCUCCGCCUAUGCCCCGCAACGAAGCUGCGGGACCUUGCUCCUGAUGUGCGCGCUGCAUUGGAUGAUGACUUGCAAACAUUCGCGGCCCUUCGCGAGCUGCGGGUCGAGUUGCACUGCCCGGAGGCAACCACAGCAUCUGCAAGGCUGACACUUUGUGGCGUGCCAGAAGACGUGACGAGUUCCAGAAGCGAGGCAGAGGAACUCAUGAGGUUCUAUGGCCUGCUUCCUGUAGCAGAGGAGGUGAGCAUGGUGGAGGUGGACGGCCUGGUGAUGCAGUCGCUGCCGGCAAGGCAUCGACGCAGGCGCAAAGCGCCGGAAGCAGCACCUGAGGAGAAGGCCAGCAAAGCUCCCAUCCUAGAGCUGGCGCAAGUUCCGGUUGAAGCUGGCACCAAUCCAGAAGCUCUUGCAACAGCUGCCCUGCCCGAAGAGCGGAGGCAGUUCGAGUACUUGGACCAUACAGCGGAUGUGAAUCUUCAUUCUUGGGGCCAGACUCUCGAGGAAGCCUUCGAGCAAUGCAGCGUAUGUUUCUUUGCAUACCUGACCGACCUGGACACAGUGAGCCUCUCGACUUCGGUGGAGGUCGAGGCAUCUGGACACGACAUGACGGACUUGCUGUACCACCUGCUGGAUGAGUUCCUCUUCAGCUUCAGCACAGAGUUUGUGGUCUGUCGACGCGUGGAGAUCAUGGAGCUUGACAUUGUGAAUCUGCGGGUGAAAGCUCGCGGCCAUGGAGAGAAGUUCGAUCUCAAGAAGCAUCCGCAAGGGACGGAGAUCAAGGCCAUCACAAUGCACCAGAUGAAGGUCCUCACGCCGACAGAAGUGACCACAGAGACGGGAACGCAGCCCCGAGUGGCCUGGCUGAGGUUGAGUGUUCACCAGAUUGGGGCACUAUCACUGCCAGCUACCCCUAUGAGUGCUAUGUACUGGUGGACAUCUGAAGAGAUGUGCGUUGACAACAUCAUGCAGCUUGACAGCAACAGCAACCACAGAGUUGGCCAAGUGGGAGCCAUGGAGCCGCGAUGCCCAGGAUUUCCAUCUACCCUCAGCCUUCCUCGGAAAUCUUGUUCUUGCAUAGCUGACGGCUACCCGUCAACGGGUUGUGCGACACCAUCCACCAGCACAGAUGAGCAGGUUGAGAUGGGUUGGGAUGCCCUUGGUUUGGUGCAAGUUGCGAUGCCUCCCGCAGACGUGGCUGGUGCCUGUCCUUCGCAGGAUGGCCUCACCGCUGCCAGAGCCGCCGCCUGCACCCAGACACCCAGGCUUUACGACAUCUACCUGCGGGGUAGGCUGGCCGCAAUUCUGCGCGCUCUGUUGCCACUGCAAGUGGGUCACUGGCGACAGCUGCUGGACUUUGGCACAGGCCGCAUCGGACCACAUUGCGUGGCACGCGCAGACGGUUUUGCGAAAGAUAUUGGCUUCCGAGCCUUCGUCUUCGACCCCAACAACCUGGACCCGAUCCCCUGCAACCUCCCGUGGGAGACCUUGGAAUACGUCUGGCUCGUGGUCUUCAUGGCCUCCAACCCACCGGCAGAACUGGGCAACGCGGUGUUUGGCAUGUCGGCAGACAUUAUUAUCUCAGACUUGCAUUACUGCGAUGCAGGCAAGCCCCCAGCCAGUGGCCCGACGCCGGUGGUGCAGUUCCUCGUGCGAAUCCUAGGCACGCGCAGCCUCAACUGCCGUCCUCCAAUGGCCCACUUCCUGCGUUCAGCCGCCAAAGAGCGGGAAGAAGCAGUCUUGACCCAGCUCUACCCUGCCGAUGACGGCCAAAGCAGCGCGAAAAGCGCGCCGGGGCAGAGGAUUGGAGUUCCAACGCUUUUUGCGGCGGCUGCCCUGCAGCUUUCUGCACAGGUAUUUUCAGGCCAGGCGGUGGUUGUCAGAAUUGGAGGGCCUUCCUCUGAAUCAGAGCGAUUGCCGAGCGCGCUCUUCGCCAUCUUCGGCUGCUUGCAGCAACGGUCAGUGUCUCCAACGCACAUGCCCUCCAUGUACACCCCGACCGAGUCAGGUGAUGCGGAGCCCGAUGUUGUCCGCCAGCCCUCCCUGGCUGCGACGGUGCUCCAAUGCAGUCGGGCCGUGCGCUACACCACUGCCUCUGUGGGUCCGGUUGACCGUUUCCUGCUUUGUUUGUAUGAUGUCCUGGAGAUCUGUGAAGAAGACCCGGCAGGGGAGGUCUCGGAGCCUUCGGCACCUGACCCUGAGCCUCUGGAUAUUCGUGUGCUGGGCCGUUUGGCCCGGGUCAUCUUGCAGGCCUUCUUCAUCGACCCAGCUAUCCUGGCAGCUGGGAACAGGGCUCGCGCAUCCAGUGCUGCGCCAGGCCUUCAUGCUUUGGCAGCUGGUUCUUUCUCGGGACCCUCUGACCCAGAUGAGUUUGUGCCGAUCUCCGAGUCAGGUCCACUGCGGAGGAGCCUAGCCUUCAUGGAGCAGUCUCCACUUCUGCAAGUGGUGCAGCGGCGGCUGUGCUCUGCGCACUUUGAUGAUGUCGAAGGCACCACAGAGCAGCUGACGUACUUUGCUUUGCGGGCCCUGCGGGUGUUGUGGUUUGACCUGCGCAGGUCCACCUGCACCCUGAAACGUUGCGAGUCAAACGAGGCUGUCUCGCAGAUGACCCUACUGAUGAAAUCCCUGAAGCUGCAGCUCAGCUGCGACUGCGAUGCCGAGCUGGCUGGUUUCCCAUACAUCCGCCUGGCCUGUGGCGCUCAGGUGACGGUAAAAGGGGUCGUCAUUGCGAUCGUUAUCUCUGCCAGCACCGACGGCGUGCAACUGCAAUCCGUGGACGUCAUCGUGCCAGACCUGGAGGUGAAGCUGAGCGAUGCGCCGCUACUUUCAAGGAUUGCAGUCUCUGCAGUCCUGGCAAUAUUUCAGGCGACGCUGCAGGACUGUAAGAGGGUCUGGCAAAAAUUUGGCAUGGCAAAGCAGGAAAGGCUGCAGCAGCUGGAGUCUCUUAUCAAGCGCGUGAGGCGCAGCCAGACGGUGACGCCAGGCGAGGCUGCAACUAUUCAGCGAGAGCUGAUUGGUUUGGCCAAGAGGUGUUGGCCAGAAGACGAGGAUGAUGACGAGGAAGAGAAUGAUGCAGAGACACAAAGCUUCGAGCGCUUGGAGGAGGUGCUGCUGAAGCUGCCUGCUGGUGACCAGGAGGCUGUUGUGGCUGCUUUUCGGCCUCUCCGCGCAUGUGUUUCUCGGCGCCUGGCGGAGUGGACGAACGCCCUGAACGACUGGCUGAGCGAGGCGGGCCAAGUACAGGCACAGCAUCUUGGAGACCUCCUGCGCGAAGUGGACAGCUCCCCGCAAUCUCGGUGGUACCGUCAGUGCCCAAAGCCAAGGGUAAAAGCCAAGUUUCUGAUGGCCAUAGCCAGCCUUGCACGAGCUUUGAUACGUGGCAGCCCCCUAGUGAAGCCGCUAAUCGCUUCCCAUCCAGCCGUGUUAUCUCUGGCAAAGAAGAUUGUCAGCAGGCUGUUCGUUUUGCCUGGAUAUGGGGAUUCGCUUGAAAGGUGGCAUGACGGCAGGCUGGCUGUCUACAAUGCGACGAUCUCUUUGGCGGCGCAGCGUGCGGCAGACAAACUGAAGGAUGACUUGCAGGUGUCGCUUGUGUCGGCGGUGAAGCGCUCGGCAAAUCCGGCUUCGACAGAGGAUGGCAAGGCGAAAGUGGCCCUUCAGUUGCAACUCCGAGACUGGCCGAUGUCAGGGUGCCCUUUGGCCCGUGCUCUCUUGGAAUUCCUGAAGUCGCGGGCAGCCGAACUUGGGGACCUGGGACGACCCAGCCUCCGUGAGUGUCCCCCACAUGCACUUCAACCAGAAACCUUGCGGAAGCUCCUCUCGCGCCUGGAUGCUUUUGAGAUGGGCGGGACAGAUGGAAUUGUGCGACUCAGAUUCGAGGCUGUGGCAGCCUUGGCUUUCAAGGCAGUGGGGACGAAGCCAAAGGCGAGCACCGUGGCUCCACCCACUGCAACCAAGAGUCAGAUGGCUGCAGCGCAGCUGGCGCAAGGACCGCCCGUGGCGCAAGCUGCGAAGACAAAUCACGAGGGUCUUCCGCAAGACAUGUCAGACCUCAAGAUUGACUUCUCGGACGUCACUCUUAUGAUCCGGAUCAUCAAGCGGGGCCUGCGCUCCGGAGACGAAGAGUGGCGCCAGGCUUGGUCGCAGUUUUGCUGGAAAAGAGACUUGCGUUCCAAGCUUUCUGUCAGAAACAAGAUCAGCCCGCCAAAGGAGGCUUUGGCUGCCUUCUUGGAGGCCAACCUCCCUAAGCUGCGGUCCUCUUUGUGGGACCCUUCCUUAGCUUCCCGGUCCCGCUCCGACAUGGCUGAGCGGCGCCGGCGCAGGGAGCCGCGUGAGCUCUCUGAGUCCUGGUCUAGCUCAUGCUCCGAAUCAGACCGCUCCCGGCGCAGAAAGAAGAGGCGCAAGGAGAAGAAGAGUGGCCUCAUGGGCUAUGCUGACUUCUUUAACUCCAAGUCUAAGCACAUGACCCCAGAGGUUAUGAUGAUGAGAGCCCAGAUGAUGGGCUUCUCCAUGGUCAUGGACAAUCCUUUGGCAAUGAUGGGCAUGCGAACUCCAAUGAUGACGCCCUCAAUGACCCCGAUGCUGCCGCGGCCAGAGGCCCCACCUGGCCGGCCCUACGGACACGGCGGCCACAGCCAGCCGAUGGCGCCACUUCCGCCACCACCGCUGCAACCGACCACAGCCCCUGCGCCCGCCGUGCCAGCACCAAGCACAGCUCCGCCAGCACCAGUCCCUACCAACAACAAGCCGCCUUUGCCCAAGUCGGUUGUGGCGGCUGCACGGAAGCAGCAGGAGUCGACCAUUGACAUGGACGAUCUCUGA